AUGCCCAGCAAGAUUGCUGAACGCCUUUCGAAUUGGAAUGAAUCGGCAAACGACAGGAUCGCGGAUAGUUGGUUUGGACGUUACUUCAGAUUGGAUGGUUCUGGCCACAAGAAGGCACGCGCUGGUGCUAAGUUCACCCAAGAAAUUCGUGCUGGAAUUACAACAUUCGUUGCUAUGGCUUACAUUAUCUCUGUAAACUCAAAUAUUCUUAGACAGUGCGGUGGUACUUGCAGAUGCUCCGACUACGCUCAAGGCUGCGACGACCCCGGGUACAGUUCUUGCACAGAAGACUUUUACAGGGAUAUGAUUACUGCAACAUCUGCUAUCUCUUGCAUUGGUUCUUUGUUAAUGGGCCUUAUGGCUAAUCUCCCUGUCGCCGUCGGUCCUGGUUUGGGUCUUAACGCCUACUUCGCAAACGCUGUCGUCGGUCCAAAUAACAGUGGUAGAGUUAACUACGAAACUGCGCUUGGUGCUGUCUUCUUGGAAGGUGUCAUCUUUGUCGUUUUGGCUAUGCUCGGUGUUCGUGCUUGGCUUGCUCGUUUGGUUCCUCGUUCUGUUGCACUCGCCGCAGGUGCUGGUAUCGGUUUCUACGUUGCUUUUGUCGGACUUUCGGGUUCUGGUUUGAACGUCAUCGGAAAAGACCCUUCAAAUAUCGUUGGUUUGGCCGGUUGUCCAGAUGGAUCUUCUUCAUGCGGUGAUUCUGUUACUAUGAGAUCACCUACCAUGUGGCUUGGUAUAUUCUGCGGUGGUGUAGUAACUGUGUACAUGAUGCUCUACCGUGUCAAGGGUGCCAUGUUCCUCGGUAUCAUUUUAGUUUCUAUCAUUUCAUGGCCAAGACCAACUCCAGUGACUUAUUUCCCGUACACCGAUGAAGGUCAAUCGAGAUUCGACUUCUUCAAGCAAGUCGUCACAUACAGGUCAAUCAAGCAAUCAGCCGGUGUCCUCAACUUUGACUACGGCGAUGGUCAUACAUGGAUCGCUCUCAUUUCCUUCCUCUAUGUCGAUUUGCUCGAUGCAACUGGAACUCUUUACUCCAUGGCUAGAUUUGCCGGUGUCAUGAACGAGCGCACACUCGACUUUGAAAACUCAACAAUGGCUUACACUGCUGAUGGUUUAUCCAUUUUGAUUGGUUCUACCAUGGGCAGUUCGCCAGCUACAGCUUUCAUUGAAUCUGCUGCUGGUAUCGCUGAAGGUGGUAAAACUGGUAUCACCGCCCUCACAUGUUCAGUCUUUUUCUUCAUUUCUAUUUUCUUCGGACCAAUUUUCGCAUCCUUCCCAUCAUGGGCAACUGGUGGUACACUGGUCAUUGUCGGAUCACUGAUGGCGAAGAACAUUGUUGAUAUCAACUGGGGAUAUCUCGGAGAUGCCAUUCCAGCGUUCUUAACAGUCAUUAUGAUGCCACUCUCGUACAACAUUGCUUAUGGUCUUAUUGCUGGUAUUUGCUCAUACGUUGCACUCAACUCCAUUCCAGCUGCUAUUAGAUACCUCACCAAGAACAAGAUCUCACCACCAGACUGGGACCGCAAGGAUGUCUAUUGGGAAACUCAAAGAGCAUACUUUGUUCCACCUUGGAUGAAGCGUCUCGCUAAAGGUGACAAGAGGUUCUGGAGGGGAGAUGACGACGAUGAAAGCUAUUAUGAUGAUGACUAUCAACAAGAAAUGGAGGCUGAAUCUAUUACUUCUUCCAUGAGAAGAGAAAGAUUGAGAUCUUCAGGUGGCACGUCUAGAUUUGAUGAAAAGUCAUUCGACGAUGAUAGUGAUGAACACGACAAGACACAUACAGUUCACAGCGUUCCAUUAGAAUCGCCAAACAUCCAAAACACGGAGAACGAAGUGCAUUACAAGCACUAG